AAAUGAAUGAUUCCGUAAAGGUAAAAUUGUCCCAUGGAUUCCGAUUCAGACUCCGAUGGUUCUCAUGUCUCCGCCACUCCUCCCCGAGACUCAUUUCCGCCAUCGCCGCCGCCACUUCUUCAGUCACCGCCUAAGCAUGUGCCGCCGGUCUCCCGGAAAAUUACGUCUUCUUCUUCUCGCUCGAAGCCCAAAGCACCUAUACAGCCGCCUCCCAAUCCCUCACAGGAAGCUCCACUACCGUCUUCCUCUCCUCCUCCUCCAUCUCCAUUAUUCACCAAUCUCCCUUUCCGGAUCUGCGAAUCCCAACCCGCUAGGUUUUCUUCUUCCGUAUCGUCCUUUUCCAGACUCCACAGCAGAGCUUCUUUUACAUCUGAUGAGAAAUUGAAAUCAGACGGCGUCGAUUUUGUGCCGGAGCCGCCUCAGGUAGAAGUAAUCGCUCCUCCAAAAUCCGUUAGGAGAAAGCCUCCGAAUCUCAUCACCGAUACUAUAACUUCUCCUCCGGUGAAACCUAUGGUGUUUCGUAGCAGCGGUAACGGCGAGGGUAACUUCGUGAAGUUGAACUUAAAUGGCAAGAGAGGGAAGAAGUUUCCCAGCAAAUACAAGGGCGUCUCUAAAUCUAGAAGCAAUUACGCAUUCAGAGGGAAGAGAUACAAGAAGAAAGAAGCUGAUGGUGAUGGCGAAUCAUUGUUGGAGGAAGAGUCUGAUUUGCAGAAACAGGUAGAAGAAGAAGCUAAUGGUUUUAUUAGCUCAGUGGAGGAUGCGAUUCUUGCUGUGAAGACUGAGCCUUCUGAUGAGAAUCUGACGAAGCUGUUGAAUUUAGUGUAUGGUUAUGAUUCUUUUCGAGAUGGGCAGUUGCAGGCGAUCAAGAUGAUUCUUGGUGGGAGUUCAACGAUGCUGGUAUUGCCUACCGGUGCUGGUAAGUCUCUCUGUUACCAGAUUCCGGCAAUGAUUCUUCCGGGGAUCACGCUUGUAGUGAGUCCUUUGGUUUCGUUGAUGAUCGAUCAGUUGAAGCAUUUGCCUUCAAUUAUUAAGGGUGGUCUCUUGAGCAGUAGCCAGAGACCUGAGGAAGCAACAGAGACGUUGCGGAAACUUAGAGAAGGCAUAAUUAAGGUUCUCUUUGUAUCUCCCGAGAGACUUCUGAAUGUAGAAUUUCUGUCGAUGUUUCGCAUGUCUUUAUCUGUGUCACUUGUUGUUGUGGAUGAGGCACACUGCGUAUCAGAAUGGUCUCAUAAUUUCCGUCCUUCAUAUAUGAGACUCAAGGCAUCAAUGCUGUUUUCUGAACUCAAGGCAGAAUGCAUUCUCGCGAUGACUGCAACUGCCACUACAAUGACUCUUCAGGCUGUCAUGUCUGCACUAGAGAUACCGUCAACCAAUCUUAUCCAGAAAAUGAAAGAUCUAUUGAUUUUGAUGGAGUCUCAUCCAUAUAAGGAGAUUCGAAGCAUCAUUGUGUACUGCAAAUUUCAGUAUGAGACUGACAUGAUAAGCAAGUAUUUACGUGAUAACAACAUCAAUGCAAAGGGUUAUCACAGUGGUCUUCCUGCGAAGGACCGUGUUCGCAUACAAGAGUCAUUUUGUUCCAACAAGAUUAGAGUGGUUGUUGCAACUGUGGCAUUCGGCAUGGGACUUGACAAGGGAGAUGUUGGAGCUGUAAUCCACUUCAGCGUGCCAGGCAGUAUGGAAGAAUACGUUCAGGAAAUUGGGCGUGCUGGUCGCGACGGGAGGUUGUCUUAUUGUCAUCUCUUUUAUGAUAAUGACACAUAUCUAAAGCUUCGGAGCCUUGCACACAGUGAUGGUGUCGAUGAAUAUGCAGUUGGAAAAUUUCUCACCCAUGUGUUUUCCACUGAGACAAAGCAACAUGAGAAGAUAUGCUCGCUAGUCAUUGAAUCUGCCUCUCAAAAAUUUGAUAUGAAGGAAGAGGUUAUGCAAACGAUUUUGACACAUUUGGAGCUGGGGGAAGUGCAGUACCUACGUAUGCUUCCACAACUCAAUAUAUGUUGCACUUUGAAUUUCCACAAGUCUUCUCCAAACACUCUGGCUGCACGAAAUACCAUAGUUGCAGCAAUUCUGAAGAAGUCUCACGUGAAGCAAGGGUUACAUGUCUUCGAUAUACCCGCUGUGGCCUCUAGCAUAUGUGUUGCAACAACAGAUGUCUUGGCUGAGAUUCAAACUCUGAAGAUGAAGGGGGAAGUAACAUACGAAUUGAAGGACCCAGCCUUUUGUUACACAAUCUUAAAAUCUCCAAGGGAAAUAUGUUCAUUGUCCAGUCAUCUUACCAAGUGGCUCACAGAGAUUGAAAGUUGCAAAGUGAGAAAACUGGAUAUUAUGUCUAGUGCAGCUGUGGCUGCGAUUAGUGUCUCUGACACUUCAGAACUGAGUUCUAGUGCCAAGCAAACUCUGAGCCUGCAAAGUAGAAUUUUUGAUUACUUCAAUGGUGACGAAAAGUGUGACACUCCGAGCAAGACGACUCAAAAUUGUGCCUUUCUACGAGCAGACAUAAAGGUUUUUUUGCAGAGUAAUCGCCAAGCCAAAUUCACACCAAGAGCCAUCGCGAGAAUAAUGCAUGGAGUUGGAAGUCCAGCUUUUCCAAAUUCAGUCUGGUCCAAGACUCAUUUCUGGGGAAGGUAUAUGAGCGUAGAGUUCCGUGUGAUAAUGGAUGCGGCACAAACAGAGCUGUUCAAUUUUGUUGACAGAAAUGCAGCUUUAGCUACAUAGAAGGCUUUAUCAAGUUGGACAAUGAAACAUCUCUACACACAGCUACUUGACUUAAUAAGUGAGUCACAAUGAAUCACAGUUGAUUCC